AUGUCGUCUAUUAGUUUACAAUCUACUGUUCCUCCACAACCAGCUACCGAGAGAAACUUUACGGUGCAUCUUUCUUAUGAUGAAACCACUAAUGCGGUCGCAUAUCCAUGUGGUAAAUCAGCCUUUAUCCGUCCCUUGGGUGAUUCACAACCUGUCAUUCAAUUCACAGGACAUGGAACUGCCAAUGUUACCGUGGUCAGGUUUUCGCCCAUUAAGGGUUCUCAGUAUCUUUGUUCCGGGGAUGAAUCAGGUAAAGUGAUCGUUUGGGGUUGGUCUCAAGAAAAGGACGGGUCCAUAGAAACUACCAUCAAAUCUGAAUUCCAUGUUCUAGCUGGAUCUGUCAGAGACAUAUCCUGGGACUUUGAAGGAAAGAGACUAUGUGUCGUCGGAGAUGGAAGAGAUAAGCUCGGUGUUUUUAUAUCUUGGGAUUCAGGGAACUCCCUUGGUGAAAUUUCAGGUCAUUCUCAAAUAGUCAAUGCUUGUCACUUUAAGCAGUCUAGGCCAAUGAGAUGUAUUACUGUUGGUGAUGAUGGUGCUAUGGUCUUUUAUCAAGGCCCACCUUUUAAAUUUACUUCCAGCGAUAGAAUACAUCAUGAUCAAGGGAAAUUUAUUAGAGAUGUGGAAUUUGCCCCUGGACAAGGGUCAUUUGCCAUUACUGUUGGCUCCGAUAGAAAAAUUAAUUGUUUUGAUUCCAAGACUGGAGAAUUUGUCAAGAGUAUUGUGGAUGAAAGUGAACCGAUCCAAGGUGGGAUCUUUGCUCUAAGUUGGAUUGAUGAAAAUAAGUUUGUUACUGCCAGUGCCGAUGCUACCAUAAGAGUAUGGGAUGUGAAUUCUUCGAAAUGUGUUCAAAAAUGGGUUGUCACCUCGUCCUCAGAUGACAAUGUAUUACGUGACCAACAAGUUGGUGUGGUUGCCUCUCAAGAAGGACGGAUUGUAUCUCUAUCCCUAGAUGGAACUUUGAACAUAUUCCAAUUGGAACAAGAUAAUAUAAUAACCUCCAUUAAAGGGCACAGUAAGGGUAUUACUGCAUUAGCAGUUAAUCCACUAAUUACCGGUUCCUACGAUGGUAAGAUUAUGGAUUGGUCAAACAAACCUGAAGUAGCUCAUACAAAGCAUAAUAAUUUAAUUGUCUCAAUAGAUGUUCAAACCGGAAAAGCUGACCAAAUAUCAAGUGUUUCCUGGGAUGAUACUUUGAUGAUCAAUGAUGAAAUUAAAUAUCAAUUUGAACACCAACCCAAAGUGGCCACUCAUAAUGAAGAUGGAAUCACCGCCGUGGUAACUACUGCUGAUGUUCUUCUCAUAUUGGAUUCUUUUACAGGUGAAACGUUACAAAGGUUACAACUAUCUGAGCCUGCAUCUGCAGUGGGAUUAAGUAAAAGAUUUGUAGCGCUUGGGUUUGAAUCAAAUGCUAUUAAAGUGUUUGAUACUGCUGAUUUGUCUGUUAGCCAUGAAUUGAAAUCAGGAUUGCGUGCCACACCAUCGUACAUAUCCAUUUCUCCAUCUGAGAAAUACCUUGCCGCUGGUGACGUUAUGGGUAAGAUUUUGUUAUUCGACAUGGAGACCAAAGGUAUCAAGACUUCAAGAUGGGCUUUCCAUACCGGUAAGAUUAACGCGAUCUCCUGGAGACCCAUUGGUGAGGAGGAAGAUGAGGAUCUGGUGGCUACAGGUUCAUUGGAUACUAAUAUAUUUGUGUAUUCCAUAAAGAGACCUAUGAAGAUUAUUAAGCGUUUGAAUGCUCAUAAGGAUGGCAUUAGCGCCCUGUUAUGGGAAGAUGCGUCCACAUUAGUCAGUACUGGUGCUGAUGCAUGUAUUAAGAAGUGGGGUGUUGAGUUUGAAUAA